AAACCUCAAAUGAGAUACAUAAUUGUGAAGUUAGGCUGAUGUUAAUGAUCAAUUUGGCUGUGUUUUUUGUGAUCGGAAAUUGGAAAUCAGCUUUUGUACAGCUCUCAAUGAUGCAAGCCCCUGUUUCAGGCUGUGCUAUAAUCAGUGCUGGAGUUUUAUUUCUGUCUGUUUCAUUUACUUUUAUGGUGCUUAUAGUUUCAUUUUCAUUGAAUCUUCCCGCGGAGAAACACGAUUUUGAUUAAAACUUUGUGGAUUUAUCAAUAAUUGGAGACUAUAAAUGCUAAUUACUACACUAAUUGUUUGUUAAAGGUGCAAUGCAGAUUUCCCAGGAGCCAACUGGGAUGGCGAACAAUCAGAAACAACAGGAAUGUUCGGGUUGUAAGAAAAGUAUAAUAGAUCGAUACUUGUUGAAGGCGUUAGACCAGUACUGGCAUGAGGACUGUUUAAAAUGUUCGUGUUGUGAUUGUAGGCUGGGAGAGGUCGGGUCAACAUUGUUUGCUAAAGCAAAUUUACUUCUCUGUCGCAGAGAUUAUCUCAGGUUGUUUGGUACAACAGGAUACUGUUCAGCAUGUUCUAAAAUGAUUCCAGCAUUUGAAAUGGUGAUGAGGGCAAAAAACAAUGUCUAUCAUUUAGAGUGCUUUGCUUGUCAGAUGUGUAAUCACAGGUUCUGUGUAGGAGAUAAAUUUUAUUUGUGUGAUAAUAAGAUACUGUGUGAAUAUGAUUAUGAAGAGAGAAUGGUGUUUGCCAACAUGACUUACAAUUAUAACGCGUUAUCACAAAUCAAACGCCAGACCAACAGCUUGAGUGACGAUCUAUCAAGUGGGUACGGAAGCCCGAGCCCAGGAUCAUUAUAGUUAGAUCUCUCAUCACGGGAGUCACAGUCCCAACAAUUUUUAUUAUCAUUAUUGUUAAUUAUAAAAGACGUGUUUUUGAUGCACGAGAAAUGUGUUUAUAUCAUUUAAGAGUGUGAUUACCUUUCUGUAAAUGUGUAAAACAUCUUGUCGAAGAUGACGACUGUAGUGUUGUAGUGAUGAUAUCAUCUUUUCGUGGGGAAAAAAAAAACAACAACAAAACAACCUGCGUUCAGGAUUUUCAUGACUUGUAUUGUUCACUAUAAUUAUUUUGUUGAUUUUUGUUGAAUGCACAAUUGCAGGUAUUGUUUGAAGAUUUGUAUCAUCCAUUUAACAAACACAUUACAAUAGUGCAUUACACUGUUCUAUACAGUGGUACUUGAGACGUUCCAUAGAUUUAUGAAAUAAAAAUUAUAAUUAUUGAAGCAUUCAUCAUAUAAGACAGUGUUUUCUUACUUUUUUGUAAUAUUCCAGAUUAUUUUGAAAAUGAUAACUUUACCACACAGAAAUUGUUAAAAUUAGAUAAUGUAGAAAAUCUACAAGAUUAUAUAGGCAGACACAUGUAGGAGAUAGUGUAAAUAUUUGAGAAGAAAACUAUUUAAGUUAACAUAAUUAUUGUAUAUGAACUGUUCAUAUCUGCAAGCUUUUUCAUGUUUCUUAUUAGAAUACUGCUUUUAUCUUGUAAACAAUUAUGAUAAUUAAUUUUCUCAUUAAUUAGCAAGCACUACACUCCUUAUUUCCUGUAGUGUAACAUUAUUCCUUACAAAUAUUCAAUUACACAAAGAUUGUUAACUUUGCGGAUUUACAUUUUGUUUUGUAUAUUAUUUCAACUGGUAUUACUAGUUGAUGCAUUCUCAGAGUUAAAAUAGUGUUGAGCUGCAUCUAGAAAACCAUGUUGUCUGCUAUAGAAUUAAUUUAAAGUAUUUCAAAAUCUAAAUCAAAAUUGACAUGUGACCAUGCCAGUAUUUAACAUUUUUAUUUGGCUAUAGGGGGCUCUGUAGUUAAGUGGUUCUUGUCCCUUGUCACUUUGCUCACUACUAAUAGUUCCUAAUCCUACAAGUAACUUUUGAUUCUUUCAUUUGAGGAGUCUAUCCACCUAGGUUACAGAAGGUUGACGGUUGUACUCAGGGUGUUCUCUUGUACCUGAGAUAAAUGUUUGGUAGGACACCUGAAGUCUUCCUCAACCAGUGCUACGUAAAAUUUAAUAAUAAUUGUGCUCCUCAAAAAGUAAUAUCCAGCUCUCUUUGUGUUUACUGCAGACAUAGGGAAAGGGAACUGUGAUAUUAAAAUUUUUGAAUCUGUCAUGUUCUUUUUGAACAUAUUUUGAAUUUUUAGGGCUCAAUAUUGAAAUAUCAGAUUUAAUGUGCACAGAAUGAUACAUUACUUGACAACUUUUUCUGCUCUCUUUGUUUUAAGUAUACUUUAAAGAAUAAUGUUGAAUAAUAUAAAGAUGAAUGAUAUAUGAAUUGAUUAUAUGUUCACAUAUAAUAUGUGGGUGAAAUAUGUGUUCUGUGUUAAUGAAUAACAUAAUUAAUAUCUGUUGAUGUAUUUGUACAUAACUUGUUAGGUAUAGUCGGUGACUGAAAUAAUGUAUUGUUCAUUUGUAAAUAAUGCACAUGAAUUUUAUUAUAUUUUAAUGAUAUUGUUAGUAAAUUUUUUAUCACAGCUUCAUUGUAAAAGACAUUUAAUGAUGUAUUAAUAUAUUUUCAGUACAUCACCAUUAUAUCAUGUUCUUUGGUUGCAAGUGACAACUAUCCAUUUACUUAUCCUACCAGUAUAUAAUAAGUUCCAAACAUUAAUUACUAACAUCUUUAAGUUAUAGACAUCAGACCAGGAACCAUGGGUUUCCCUACACAGGUCAUGGCCACGUUACAUGAUAUAGCACAAGUACUGGUUAGUUUCAGGAACCAGACUCAAAAUUGGUCAAAGUCUUCAAAUUUUCGUCUCCAUAAAUUAAUGUUUAUAAAUGAAUUUAAUUUACAUAAUUCAGAUAUAAAGCCCCUCAUGUUAACAAUGGAAAGUUCCAAAUUCACAUAAAGUUAUGACAAUGGUUAUGUCAGCCAUGAUUAAUUUAUGGAGAAUAUUCAUGUCUGUUUUAUUUGGGUUGGUGAGUUGUUUUUAAUUAGAAUGACCAUGUAUGAACUUGUUUUUGAUGCACCUUGUUUUUGUGGGUUUUUCAGAAGCAUUUUGAUAUCAAAGAAAACAUUAAAACUUAAUUUGAAAUUUCAGUAAUUACAAAAUAUAUUUCAAUUACUUAGCCAGUAAAACAUGCUACCCUAUACAAAAUAAUACAGAUAAUUCCAAACAUAAGUGUGUUUUUUUUUUUUUUUUUUUAAGAAACUAACUAACUUGAAAGAAUCACAAUAUUUAAUAUAAUUAUGAAUCUAGGUCAUCCAGAGGUUACAUUACUGUUAUGAGGUUGAUGGGUCAAGUGGCUGAGAGGUGAAGGUCAUAAACUUUCCGCUGUAUUUUAUUUAAUUAUUUAAUCCCCUCAAAAAAGGUCUGACAUUCCAAAUUUAGGAAUCUUUAAGGCACAUCUGAAUUACGUAAUGUUUGUUACUUUUUAUGAUUUUACAUUUUAUUAAUAAGCAAAUAAUUUGAUUAAUGCUUUUUUUCCGUCAUUGUUAACUUUAUUACUUGCUGUUUUAGUUAAUAAUAUAAGUUUCUGGUUUCACUGUUGCAUUUUAUUAAUCAUUACAUACAAUAGACAAUACAAUAUUCAUAUUUUCAUCUACAAACUUUGAAAUGUAUAUCAAAAAAUAGAUAAAAAACAGUCUCGAGUUAAAACUAGUCUAUUGGUCAAUUUUCAAGCUCAGCUUGAGAUUAACCAAUCAAAUGGCAGUGUUUUAAACCUGCCUCUCAAAUGUUAAGAUAUAUAUAGGUCGUAUUUAUAUAUAGAUUAUGUGUGCUAUAGUUUAUAACUGGAGAAUUAUUAUUUAUUGUACAUUAUUGCAAUAUUACUGCAUUGUUGACAUGAUGAUAUUUAUUGUGCUAUGAGGGAAGAAGGAUAUUUAUAAUGAAUUAAAAAAAUGUAAUUUCCGGUAUUAUCAGUGUUCACAAUUUGAUAUUACAUAGGGAACUAGAUUGAUGUGAAAUCCAUAAUUGUUAUUACAUUUUCAUGAAAGCAUACUUUAUUAGAAAAAAAUUGUCUCUUUCAUUUCUAACUGGAAUCAUUUUCAUUUCACAUAUUAUGAUUUUUUGAUUGUUUAUUCAACAAAUCAUUCUUUGGCAAUAUUGGCCUGCUAUUUUCUCUCUAAUCAUUCCUCAUAUUAAAUUGCUUAUAAUAUUAAACUGAAACUGAUAUUUUAGGAGGGGGGGGGGGGUGCAGUGUGCAAAAAAAAAAAAA